GUCUGCAACAAAUACAAGUAACUAUUAAAAUGAUCUCCUCUUGAAACCUCCCAGAAUGAAACAUUUGUCCAACGUUGUACUAGUUGCUUUUUACCUAAAAUUCAGUUCCUAAAAGGUUGGGUGUAAAUGAAACCUUCCCACCUUUUUAUUUCCUGUGUUUCAAACUCAUGUAUAAGUCAGUAAGUCACUAUGUCGUAGUCGGAACCAUUGCAUUAGAGUCUUCAUUUAACCUCUCAGGAUGAAAAAUUUCAAGGAAAGUUCAACAUCCAAUCCCCUAUCCAAUUUUGUAAAUUGCAUCGUAUUCAUAUCUUGUUUGAUUUUUGGUAUUUAUAUUAUCUUGUCAUUAGCCCUUGUUCCAAAUGCACUACUUCUCUGGCAAUAUCAUUCAGCUAAUUCUGUACAUAAUUCAUCCUCUACAAUAAUUACCUCCCUUGAACACAUUGCAUUUGGGAUUGCAGCCAGUGAUAAAUCCUGGUCAAGGAGGAAAGAAUAUGUCAGGCUCUGGUGGAGGCCAGAAGUAAUGAAGGGGUGUGUUUUUCUUGAACAAAUGCCACCGAUAUCGGAAAAUGACCGUGUUUCUCUCCCUCCCAUUUGCAUUUCUGCUGACACUUCUCGAUUUAAGUAUACAAACAAAUAUGGUCGAAGGUCAGCUAUUCGGGUAGCCCGAGUUGUUUCAGAGACUGUGGCCUUGAUGAACAACAAUAGUGAUGUAAGAUGGUUUGUGUUUGGAGAUGAUGAUACGGUUUUCUUUCCUGACAAUCUUGUGAAGACCCUUCAAAAGUAUGAUCAUGGCCUGUGGUAUUAUAUUGGGACUAAUUCUGAAUAUUUCGAGACGAAUAAAGGUAACUCCUUUGAAAUGGCAUUUGGAGGAGCUGGUUUUGCUAUAAGCUCUCCCCUGGCUAAAGUCUUGGGAAAAGUGUUGGAUUCCUGCUUGAUCAGAUACCAUGGUGUCUAUGGCAGUGAUGCAAGAAUACAUAUCUGUUUGGCAGAGCUGGGAGUUUCAUUGACGCAUGAACCUGGAUUUCAUCAGAUGGAUAUGAAGGGAAAUAUUUUUGGUUUGUUAACUGCUCAUCCCAUAAGGCCAUUGAUAAGUCUCCAUCAUAUUGAUAAACUAUAUCCAAUUUUUCCCAACAUGAGAAGUUUGGAGGCUUUAAUCCAGUUGGUGAAAGCAGCAAAAGCUGAUCCUGAGAGGAUCUUGCAGCAAACAGUUUGCUAUGAUCAACUCUCCUCAACAUUUUCAGUGUCUUGGGGAUAUGCAAUACAACAAUGGAGGUGGAAUGCACUUCUCCGCGAUAUCAUUCGCGCGCAAGAGACUUACAUACCCUGGAAUAAGAACGAAAAUUAUGAUGUUGAUACUCAGAGGUAUGAUCCUAAUCCAUGCAAGAGGCCAGAUGUGUUUUUCUUUGACAGUGUCUCCUCCAACCGCGAUGGAACUACGAGCAUCUACAAGAAAGCGGAUCGAAAUUGCACUAAGAACAAGAAUAAAAUAGACGUGAUUAGAGUCUCCUCAAAAAAGUUAGACCUCAAUGCAAAACAGAUGCAGGCGCCAAGAAGACAAUGUUGUGAUGUAUUGCAGUCUUCUUCUUCUGCUCGUAGUUCUGUCAUUGAUAUUGGCAUCAGAGAAUGUGGAGCAGAGGAACUCAUUCAAAUGAAGUUGCAAGAAUGACCACAAUGACCGUGUCUCCGAGAGAUUGAGAUUUUGAUUUCUUAUUAUACCUUGAAUCAACUUAGAUUUAAGUCGUGAAAUUUGAGUAGA